AAAUUAAGACAAAAUGGUAGAUGAAUGCACCAAAAAGACUUUGAGCAGUAUACCGCUGCUACAAACCCGUGCCGGACCCCGUGACAAAGACAUAUGGGUACAACGUCUGAAGGAAGAAUAUUUGGCUUUAAUUAAGUAUGUCCAAAAUAACAAAGAAAACGGCUCCGAUUGGUUCCACUUGGAAUCGAACAAAGAGGGUACCAAAUGGUUUGGCAAAUGUUGGUACAUGCAUAAUCUCUUGAAAUAUGAAUUUGAUGUGGAAUUCGAUAUUCCGGUAACGUAUCCUGUCACCGCUCCCGAAAUAGCCCUACCCGAAUUGGAUGGUAAAACGGCGAAAAUGUAUCGUGGUGGCAAAAUCUGCUUAACGGAUCAUUUUAAACCUCUGUGGGCACGUAAUGUACCGAAAUUUGGUAUUGCACAUGCAAUGGCAUUGGGGUUGGCUCCCUGGUUGGCUGUUGAAGUUCCCGAUUUAAUAGAAAAAGGUAUUAUAACCUACAAAGAUAAAUAA